AGUGAAUUUAGCCGAUGCAACAUAAGUGAGCUGCUUCAGGGUCGCACUGCUGUGUUUAGUACUAAGGGUCUACAGUAGCUUCAAUCUCUACUGACAAAAAUGCUUCAAAGGAAUCCAUCCAACGUAUCUGACAAACAAAGGAACAAACCCAAGCGCUCCACCAGUUUUGGGAUUUUUGACAGGCAGCAUCCCACAGAGGUCAAAGCAGAAGAUAAGAGAGAUAGUUUGCCUGGGAAAACAGAAUCACCUGAGGUGGACUCGAGUAAAACAGGUGGUCUUGGAAAGAAGAUGAAGACUAUCUCUCUGACCAUGCGUAAAAAGAUGGGCAGGAAAUAUACUAAAGCCCUUUCAGAGGAAGCGGGGGAGGAGUCUGCGCCAGGUGAGGACGGAAGCGGAAGUGCUUUGGCGAAAUACUGCAGCCAAUCCAGUGACUCGGUGGAGAGUUUGUUCAGUUUUCAAAGCGGACAGAGUUCGUCCAGUGGUGUGACCAGCAGCUCAGAUGGCUACAGUAAUAGGGACAGUCUGCGUCUAGAAGAUGAUGUGCCCUAUACGGGCCAGUUCUGUGGGAGAGCAAAGGUCCAUACAAACUUUGUCCCCAGUCCGUAUGACACAGAGUCUCUCAAACUUAAGGUGGGAGAUGCUAUUGAUAUAAUUAGUAAACCUGCUAUGGGAAUAUGGACUGGAAUGUUGAACGGCAAAGUGGGAAGUUUUAAGUUCAUCUACGUUGAUGUGCUGGUGGAGGAAAGUGUGCCCGAACCGAGAAUUCGUUCUCACAGGAGGAGCAGAAGAGCUCGGCCCAAAACCCUGCAGGAACUUCUAGAAAGACUCAACCUAGAGGAGUACAGCUCAUCUCUGAUGUUGAACGGUUAUCAGACGGUGGAAGAUCUCAAAGAUCUUAAGGAGCAGCAUCUUAUCGAGCUGAACGUGACUGACCCUGAACACAGACACAGACUGUUGGCAGCAGCUGAAAACCUACAGGACACAGAAUAUAAUCAGAUUCCUGGACAGACAGAUGAGGAACCCAAAUCUACUACUGAACAAAUUAAACCAGAGCUGAACGACUGCCCCAGAGACUCUGGCUGUUACAUCGGAUCAGACUGUUCAGAUAACAGUAAAGAGGACACAGAACACCAGCUGGCACUUCACAUCACACCUACAGCUGAACCAUAACCACAGCCCCUCCGGACCGCAGUGUUUUUUCUCAUCCUCUGCAUCUAGCUGGUGCAAGAACACAUGCUGGCUAAAAGUUAGUUUGGCUGGAGAUUUGUGUGUUUGUAAAUUCAGACCUGUAGCAUUAAAGUGUGUGUUUGUCCAUGUGUGGACAUCAUGGACAUGGUUGGGAAACGUGUGUCAUUUUAGCUUUGAGCAGAUGUGAAAUGUAAAUAAACUGUAAAUAUGUGGGACAGAGGCGAGGCAUUUAAACUUCGCCUCUAAGAUGCUGAAAAACUAUAUAUAUCAUUAUAUUUUAUGCAAUAAAAAUGUUUUAUCUUUA